AUGGAUUUGUCUCCGUUGAAAGUUGAGACCUCAUCGACUCAUUCGAGCCCACACCGGACUCCCCUGAGAGCCUCACCGCUGGCCUCGCCGUCUGGUAGUGAUAUGGAUAUUACACUGUCGUACUCGACUGUUGGGUUUGCCCUGAACCCCGACAUUGGCGGGCGGGUUGGUUUCGCCAAAAUCGGAUUUGAGAGUGGUGUUCUUCGUGAUAGUGAGCAAAGCGUCAUAUCCUCGAAAGAUCAGAUCUGUCCGCUCAGGCAGCCUAAAGAGGAAACGUCAACGAUGGAUCUUGAAGAAGUUGAGCACGAAGACUCCUCCUCAUUAUCAGAAAAAGUCGGCGAUGGUAAUGAGGAUGACGAGAAAGUCCUGAGUGGAAGUAUUCACGAAGAUGAUGACGAUGAAGGUGACGAUACUUCUGACAAAGAUGACGACCAGAUCGAGUGUGCAGAAUGCAACAAAGUGUUCUGCAAUCUACAAACCUACAUGGACCACACCUGCUACAGGUCGCAAGUGGCGUCCAGAACUCUAACCGCAAAAGUCAGCUCUUCCCCAUUCAUCAACGACUUCCAAAGCGAGGACUCGGGACCCGAAGUUGAACACUUCCAAGGAAAAAUGAUAUUCUCCCACAACGGGUCAGCGUAUGUUCUAGAAGGCCACGCCCAUGACAACUACUCCGGCAUAGAGUUCAGUUCGCUGCAUGAUUCCAUCGUUGUCUCCGAAGGCGAGUCCGUGCUAACAGCCGGCUCCUAUAUACCUCACAUCCACAGCAUUACUUUGAUCCCAAAGAGUGACUCGUCUUCUGUAUUUAGAAACGCUUCCAAUAACCUUCGGCAGAUCCUUCCUGGCAAGACCAGGACGUGCAUGCAAACAUUUUACGUGUUUGAUAUAGGAACUCCAGAAGCCAAUGGAGUUCUGCACAAAUAUCCCACGCAUGCAGUGCACAGAUCUUCUGCUGGUCCUGUUCUUAUGUGCAUCAUCUGUAAGCUUGUGUUCAAGAAAUCCAAACCGUUUCUUCACCAUGUAAUUUAUUACCAUUCGGUUGAACUGAGUGACAGUGAAAGUUCUCUGCUUUCCCAGAAUACAUUUUCUAUAAUUAGCCACGUCAGUGGGCUGGAGAGUCAGCCCAAACUGUCAGUCCUGCAGCCUGUGUCCGAACCAAACCUAAGACCACACGAUCUCAGGGAAGCUGCCAUGUUGUCCAGAGGAAAAAGAGCCGGAUUUUUCCCUAGUGGAGGAUUCCUUGACCCGGAAGCGGAAUUACUUAUCAGGGGUUACAACCCAAGCAUGUUUGCUUUUCAGGGAACAUCACAAAUGAAGAACUCGUAUUAUGAACAACAAUGUACUCUGUUUUCAAAAGAGGACUCUAGUCUUGGCUAUUUAGAGCGGUCUUCCACUCCAUCUGGUAUUAAAAACAUUAGCAAGGAGAACUGUGUCAGGCGUUCUUCCCCAAUACCUUCUGUGAUUUCCGAUAUUGAUCAGACUGCCAGCAGCUACCAACUCCAGUCAGGCCAAUCUACACAGGAGACAUUCAGUGCUUUGAGGCUGAGAUCAUCACCUACAGCUGCAACAUCCACACAGCGUUCUUCAACUUCUCCAUCAUCCUCGGUAUCGGAUACUUUUUUACACUCUUCCCCUUCUAUGCCGAGUCUCCUGGUCUCCUCGAUGCCUUCCUUGGUGAUGUCUUCUACAAAUUCAUCAAAUAUCCAUUCACAGUUGAACAUGUCUGCAGCGACUUCUUCGUCGUUACAGAGUAUUGGUCUUCAGUUGCCGCACUUUCUGUGUGCCUGUGACGAACAUCCUCAAGGAAAGGCCCAUGGGGUGGAGUGUCCAAAGUGUGAUAUGGUACUUAGCUCGUCGCAAUCUCUAGGAGGCCACAUGACCAUGACACAUUCACGAAACUCAUGCAAAACUCUGAAAUGCCCCAAGUGUAACUGGCACUACAAGUAUCAAGAGACGCUAGAGAUACACAUGAAAGAGAAACACCUGGACACGGAUGCCCAAUGUGUUUACUGCCUGACGAAUCAGGCUCACCCACGACUGGCCAGAGGCGAGUCUUACUCCUGUGGGUAUAAACCAUACAGAUGCGAAGUCUGCAACUACUCAACCACCACUAAAGGCAACCUAAGCAUCCACAUGCAGUCUGAUAAACACAUCAACAACAUGCAAGAUCUGGCUAACGGUAGUGCUGAACUGAAAAUUCAGUCCCAACAGCCGCCAUCUACCGCAGCUCUACCAUCUUCAGUAUCAGCACCACUCCAAAACAGCGCAUCAUCCUACCAGCAGGAGGAAUGCCAGCUGAAAAAGCUCAAGCAAAAACAGUCUUUUAGGUGUGAUGUGUGCAGUUAUGAGACUUCAGUGGCCAGAAAUCUGCGAAUUCACAUGACUAGCGAGAAGCACACCCACAACAUGCUGGUGAUGACUCAGAGCAUCAACCAUCUUCACCAGGACAUGACUCUCCACCAAAUGAGCCAGAUGAAUCAACUCCUAGCCAUUAACCAACAGGAGCAGGCAGCACGAUACGCCGCCAUCAGCUCCCAUCUACCCAAUCCGCUGUUUCCGUACGAACACUCCUCUGUGUUGAUGCCGUCUGUUUCUAGUCAAUCCCCGUCGGGAUUUGAAAUCCCCAUGAACCUAUCAAAAGAAAACGGAAUCGACGAAUGCGAAGGCCCAGUGUUGAGAAAGGACGCUACAAAGAUGUUCCAAUGCUGUAUCUGUUACAAAUACUGCUCUGACAGCAUUGAGAACGUUCAGAACCACAUCCAGUACGACAGAACUAAAUCUGUGAACUCUGAUACAUACGUCACCUUUAGCAGUGGCACCUACCACUGCAACCUCUGCAGCUACAAGACACAUCUUAAAGCCAACUUCCAGUUGCAUUGUAAAACAGACAAACAUCUACAGAAGCUUCAGUUGGUUAACCAUAUCAUGGAAGGUGGGCCUGAGAAUGAAUGGCGUCUCUCCCAUUCAGGCUCGUCCAUGCAGAUUUGCUGCAAUGCCUGCAGCUUCUAUGCCAACUCCAUCUACAAGAUGCAACUCCAUCUGAGCACGAUUCAACAUGACUCAUGUGCGCAGCUGUUCAGACAUCUCCAGCUCCUCGAUCGUGCGACUCCGGCGCCAAGUCCAGGAAAGGUACGCUGUUACCAGUGCUCGCUGUGUGCGUCUACAGUCCGCACCAAACAGAAGUUGAUCUUGCACUCGAAAUCUCCGCAGCACAUCCGCAAGGAGCAGUCCCUGCCGCAGGGCCAAGUUUCUAUCUUCGAUGUCUAUCUCCUGAAGGAAAUGGCUGAGGGAGAGACCAUGUGCUUUGAGGACGAGGGUGAGUGCUU